AUGCCCGGUAGCUCAGAAAGCCGAUUCAUCAGCGGAAAGAAUCUUCAAGUCCCCUCUUGGCGCAUUCCCGCUGGCAUUUACGUGUCCAUCAAUGUCGACUCGAGGAGACGCUGGAAAUCGGCUAUCAGUGUCCUAUCAUCUGAUGAAUCUGUAGCGUGGGGGGAUACUGUGACUCUACCAUCAAAUGCCUCGCCUGCAUUGUCAAUAGAGAUCAGUGCGUCCUAUAAGCUUGGUCGAGUGCUAGGCGGUGGAGAGGUCAUCGGGAAACUUCAACUGUCGUGGGAUGAGCUACUCGAUCAUGGAGAUCACCCAUUUGAUCUAUCGUUCCGAGCCGUGCGCGGUGUCAAACAUUCUAUCACACUGAAGGUUGCUGUUGUACAUGCUUGCGACGAUAAAAACGGCACACUGUUUGAUACUGUGAAAUUGCUCGAGACACAGAUGUUGGCCACGUAUGACUUCCUAGAUACGAAAAGUACUGAUGUCGACAUCUGCGAAGCCGUCCAACUUUAUCAUGAACUAUUGCCUCUCUGUCCAGAGGGCACGUACCUUCGUAGCAUCGCAGUAGGGGAAAAUGGCGUUGAUUAUGUGAUCGGCGGAUGCAACAAUCUUCCAAUAGACGGAUCCGAUGAAGACAUGCAUCUUCGAAGAGUCGUCCUCCAGCUCUGUCCCCUGGGCCAUCGACUUCGUCCCAGAAUCCUCGACGAGCUUGCACGAGCAGUUAAAGCACGGUUUGAUCAGCACGGCAACAUCGAUGAUCUUGACAUGAGCAUACAGCUUCGUCGUGAAGCCGUGUCUCUGUCUCCCGAGGGACAUGCUGGCCGUGAUACCUACCUGAACAACUUGGCCGUUUCACUCGUGUUCCGCUCUCAGCACCAAGGCAAUCCUAAUGACCUCAAUGAGGCCAUCUCUUUGUAAGAAGAAGCACUGCACCUGCGCCCUGUUGGGCACGAAU